CCACCGUCUAUGAGAUCUCCGUCGCUUCUCCGCCGUGUUUCCCACCGCCGUAAUUGAAUUCUUCCUCACCGCUUCUCAUUUCGUUGUCGAUCGGUGAAUCUCUGAUCGGGUUUUUGGUAUGGAGGUGAAGGAAUCGAAUGGUGUUUCAGUGAAGGAGGAGAAGGAGGUGGUACCGAAAGAUAUUGAGGAGAAGUCUAUGAGGUGUACUAGUAAUUUCGAGGAUCAUAGUUUUUAUAAUGUAGAGGAUCAGAGUGAAGAUCACUGUGGUGGUGAAGGUGAUGAGAUCAAGGAGGGGGAGGAAGAUGUUGAUGUUGUGGGAUGCUUGGGUUUAAAUGAUAAGAAUAGGGUUGAUGUCACGGAGUGUGAUGAUGGGAAUGGGACUGAUGAGUACUCAAGCUCGUUUAGUGGAACGGUUUCUGAACAUGAGAGUGAUAAAACAGGUUUUAAUGAUCAGGAAGCUGAUUCCAUGAUGUGUACUGAUACUUCUCUACCAUUCUUGAUGAAAAAGAAGAAGCUGACUGAUCAUUGGAGGAAGUUCAUACAGCCUAUAACGUGGCGAUGCAAAUGGGUUGAACUCAAAAUCAAAGAACUUCAGAACCAAGCCCGGAUGUAUGACAAAGAAGUCAAAGAAUCUCGCCAAGCCAAGCAACUGGAGUUAGAAAAUCUCAAAUCAGAAGAAGUUGGAGUCAAGGCCUUGCCUCCUCUUUCAUGUCAUACUCAGAAAACCCAACUCAAGAAGAGGCACAAGAGGAAGCGCGUUGAAGAAGCGGCGGAUGUUCCAGCCAAUGCAUUAAACCAUAAUCUCUUCUCUUAUCAUGCAUACCGGAAGUCUAAUGCUGAUACUGCUCUCAAUGAUAACUCCCGCAAGCUAGAUAAAAAGAAUAAGAGCUCUAAGGAGGAUGCAGUGUUCUCUGAAGAGACACCUCCUCUCGAGUUUAGGGAAGGUGAUGCAUUCUUGGAACAGAUACUUUUGAAGAUUGAAGCAGCAAAGCUAGAAGUGCAUAACUUGAAGAACCGAGUAGACAAAGUGAUGAAUGAGAAUCCAAGUAGGUUCUCUGUGGAUGACACAGUGAUUAUGCUUGGUUCUGCUGCUGCUGUAGCCACCGGCUCGGAGCAGCAAAAUCCUGAACUGGUUAUCAAAAACGAAGAAGAAGAACCAGCUAAGUCUGCUUCGGUUUCAUCUCAUCACGACAAAGUACCUGAAGAAGACGACGGGAACACAGAUAUCUUGCUGUCUGACAUGAUUGCUUCAAGGAGAAGAGAAGGGAAAGCUAUUGUUCCAGACAAGAAAGUGGAGAAGACAGAACAAGCUUCUGUUGAGGAAGGUCCAUCAAGACCUGUGAGGAAAAGAACACCACGCAAUCUUGACAUGGUGGUAAAGGAAGGGACUAACCCAAAGAAACGUAGAGUUUCAAGAGAGAAGCCAAAGGCUAAUGUUACUAUGGCUUCUAGGCUUAAGCUUCCCAGCAGGAAGAGAAAGGGAGGGAAACGAAGGGCAGGAGGAGGAGGCUCUGCUGGGUUAAGAAGAAGAUCUUAAAAAGCUUUGGGACGUUUACUGAAACAAGUCUGUGUGUUCACUUCAGGCAUCCUUAAUUUUAAAGUACAGAUAUAUAUGUAGAAUUGCUGUGUGUUGAUUCUUCUGUGUUAAAAAGCUCAUCGCCAAAUCUAUUCAAACUCAUGAUGUUGUUUAUGUAUGUAUGACUCUAUAUAACUAAAUCAACUUUGGAGCUUUGUUUCUUCUACCUUAGAUAUUUUUUUUUGACUAAAUUUUU